GUGAAGGAAUACGUCGACUCUUGUGAAAUUUGUAAAACUUAUAAACCUGUUAACUUAGCUCGUCCUGGUUUGAUGGGUAAUCCACGACGCAUAUCUUCGCCAGGCGAAGCAAUAUCUUGUGAUAUUCUUGGUCCCUUUCCUCCAUCUUAUCUGAGAAAUCAGUAUCUCUUCGUAUGUGCUGAUUAUUUCAGUAAGUAUGUGACUUUGUUUCCACUACGCAACAUAACUGCUAAAGCUAUUGUUAAGUGUAUGGAAAAAGGGAUAUUCCUUAUACAUGGGGUUCCUAAAUAUAUAUUCUGCGACAAUGGUGUUCAAUUUACUUCCAAAGACUUUCGAGAAUUAAUGUCCAAAUAUGAUGUUCCUCAUAUUUUCUAUAACCCUAGGUAUCAUCCUCAGACGAAUCAAACGGAACGAGUGAACCGUGAACUAGUAAGAACCAUUGCCUCAUACGUGCGUUCUGAUCACCGUAACUGGGAUAAGAACGUAUCGGAAAUACAAUGUGCAUUGAAUACAGCUCGUCACGAAGUAACUAAAAAUACACCGUAUUUCUUAACACAUGGUCGUCAAAUGAUUCUAGAUGGUUCCCUUUAUAAUAGCGAAGGUCCCAUAGAUCAAAACGCGCUCGAAUUAGAUACCAGUGGUGCUUUUUCUGAAAGACUAAAAGAGCUCAAAACUGUAUUUCAAAAAGUGCGUAACUCGUUGAUUGCCUCCCAUGAACGUAAUGCUAGGUAUUAUAACAUGAGGAAGCGUCACGUAGAACUGGAAGAAGGACAAAUCGUUUAUAAAAGAUGUUUCCCAUUGUCAAAUGCAGCAAAACAUUUUUCUGCUAAAUUAGCGCCCCGUUAUGACAAAUGUGUCAUUCAUAAAAAAUUGAGUCCUCUUGUUUACUCUUUAAAAUCCUUAGAAGGAAAACUUCUAGGUAACUUCCAUAUAAAAGACAUUGUACGUCCUGGUGAAGCCGAGCCGUCUUCCUAGCGGUACUCGUCUUAACACCAAUUGGAUACUUACACUUGAAAAUAUCCUAUGUAAUACUAAAUAUUGAACGUACCUACUAAACUGAAUGCAGCCUGGCACAAGCUGGUUUUCAUCAGACUGGGUAUUUGUUCCAAGUUUUUGUUUUUAUUGGUACCGGGUGCACACGGACCAACAUUAAUCUUUCGUGUGUCCUUAUAAAGACAUAAAACUUUAAAUAAUCUGAAUAAACUGCAGAAACUUACUUUACUUAUAAACCCUAAACGGGCCUAUUACGUGAAAUAUUAUUAAUUAUUGAAAAAGGGACUACGUUCUCGCUAAACUCUAUACUGUAACUGAACUUUUGUUUGUAAUUUUAGGAAUUGUGUAAUAGCUAGAGAAUGCAGCUUGUUACAUAUUUCCACUACUGUCGGUGAUAGGCAAUUUCUUUAAUAAAGGGAAGGUUGUUAACGUUGCCGUCUUUGACGUUUUCUUUUAGGUUUAGGAAAGCGCGCACUAGGAAUAAGAAGGUUCGAACCAAAAUUAGUCAUUAGAUUUCCUUGGUCGAACUGAUCAUUCACCAAGUCAUAGGUAUAACUUUGGUUGUAAGACUUGUUUUCUUUAUAGAUUAUCUAUGGUUUCUUAUUUACGUUUCGUAGGUUAAGGUGUUCACGUCCUAUUGGGCGUAUAGCAUUAAAAAAAAAUUUUUUUUUUGAAAAAAAAAUUUUUUUUAACCCAACUAAAGAUGAACUGUAACACUUUGGGGUAUCCACCCAGUGUUAUAAACAGCUGAGUAGCAUAUUAUAUAGGUACUUUAUAGGUUAGAAAAUGGUAUGUUUGUUUUGGUAAGAUUUGGUAGUUGAAAUGUCUUCGACACGGAUGUCAUAGUGGGUCAGUCAAGAACUGAGACCUGUAGUGAUAUUUUCAACUUUACAUAUACGCUUUGAGCUAUAUUGAGUGGACAAAACUUACCGGAGCGGUAGGUCAGUCUGUGCGUUCACUCCGUUGCAUUUUGCGCAUCCAUGUCGUGUUCCUGCGUUGUGCUAGGACACAGGCACUUUGCUUUCGUUGGGGUAUAUCCAUUUCACAAUUGAAAUACAUUUUAAAACAUAUAAAUACCACGUAUUAACAGUAUGAUUUCGAUAAAACCGAGCAGUUGUUUAUUUCAGCGGUAGACACUGACGGCUGUCAAUGUCAUUUGGUUUUUUUUUGUCCAUGGUUCCGUAACAGACGGUCGGUCACACUUGUUGUACGGCAAUAAACAUAUACUUGUGGUUCUGUUAUCUUUUUAUAAUUUCCAAUUAUUAAUAAAGUCCGUAUUAUUAGCUUCCAAAAUGAGUAACUCUUUUUAUUGUUGAUGUUUCGAAUUAUUCCGAGAGUCAAACCGGUCAGUCGCGGUAUCCAUUGAAUGGGAAGUUUUUCAUUCAUCAGUUUGUCUGUGGUUUCUCGGAUUGGAAUUUUGAUAAAUCAUUGUUCGAUCGAUCUUCAGGAUGUGAAGGAUAUUAGAAAAUCUUUCGGCAAUCAAUCUUAGGGCUCGUCCCAAAAUGUGCAUAAUUUAGCGUCUUAGAGCCUACCUAAAAUGGCGGCUGCUAAUCUUUUCCCUUCAAUUUAACAUAACUUGUGUUUUAUGUGGAUUUUCCAGCAAAACCUAAUGUAACGUCAACCACCUCUUCGUCUUGCCACGCGGUCUGCAGGCGCCGUCGUUGGUAUAGGAAAUAAUGGACCCGGCAUAAACCCCGGUAAGUCAUUUAAUCGCUUCAUUGCCGUAAUUUAAAUCGCGCUGUGCCUCAGUUUAAAAUAUAAUUUUUCUAUAAAACUAAACGUGUUAAAACAUAAUUUUUUUUUAACCUAGAACAUUCUCUUUGUUCUUAGGGUUUUUUCUGGACCCUGGUUCUCCUGGACCCUGGUUUUUUCUGGACCCUGGUUCUCCUGGAACCUGGUUUUUUCUGGACCCUGGUUCUCCUGGACCCUGGUUUUUUCCUGGACCCUGGUUACUCUAAGGCUGUGCCAUCCGGUGGCAGCGUUCUUCUUGGCAGUGUCCGUGAAGUUAAGACUUUUAUGAUAUACCUUUAGUUAAAUAUGAACCCUUUAUGCUGAACAGGUAACCUGUAAUCCCUGUGAGCAAUUGCUUACUGCUAAACAUCGCCGGAGGUUGGGGCAUAACUUUUACUUUAGACAGUGUUAUGUUAGGAAGACAAAUUUUGAUAUUGUUGUCCGUAGACACAGAGAUGUCUAUGAUGUAUUUAGUGUAAAUUUCAAGAAAUAGUGGUGUCACUAAGAAGUAUUUAGUAUUACUUAUUUACUUGACGGCGCAACGCCAGCCUGUUAUUGUAAACAGGUGCGCCAGGCCGAACAUCACGCCACCAUCGUCUCAUCGCCCCUCCAGUAGACUUGUUUGUACGACGUUAUAAAAUACCGUACGCAGGUAAAAAAGGGGGCAGUAACGCUGUGGCUUCGGCCUGACGCACUUGUCCUUAGCUUAGUAUUUGAGUUUAUGAAAUGAAAUUGGAAAUUGUAAGUGAAAGUGAUCAAUAAAAUUUAAUUAAUUAUUAAAAGUGAUUUCCUUAUCAAGAUGAAAACGCCUCCUACGAACUCUACUACAUCAGAAGUGACGAAUCCAGUUCCACAAACACCUGUGAAUAAUGCGGAUGGUAGUUUACUCACCAUGUUUUCUGCCGGAAUUGAAAUGAUUCUCCAAAAAAUAUCUGAUAAUAUGGCUACUACCACAACUGUGGAUACGCGGACCAAGUUGUUACCUUUCGAUCCGGACACAACAGAUGCUGAUAUUGAAAACUGGUGUUCAUUGAGUGAAAUAAUCAUCGAGAAAAGGAAACUAGAAGGAGUGGACUUGAUUUUGGCUCUUACGCACUCUCUGAAGGGCCGAGCUGCUACGUGCCUUACUAAAAUUAAACCGAAUGAGCUCUCCUGGACUACCAUCAAAGAAAUGUUGAUAACAGCAUUUGCGAAGCCAAUGAUGAUGCAAGACUACUUUGACCAAGUGAUAAAAUUUCGACUAAAAGACAAAGAGAGUCCAGCUGAAGCAGGUGCGCAUCUCUGGCAACUUAUGGAGAAAAUACCUGAUGCUGACCUACCGGAGAAGGUUCUUACUGGAUUUGCCAUCUCUAUCUUAUCUCAGUGUGAUGACAAAAUUCGUCGCGAGCUCAAUUCAGUUGUGAUAAAUAAAAAAAAUCUAUUGUUUCGUACUUUACGUGGAUUUACUUUGAAGCGGAAAUUUGAAGAACCACCCAGUUUCGAUAAUGACUCGAAGAAGCAACGCCUAUCUACACCAUUUCGCGGGGCAUGCCACUUUUGCGGAAGAAUAGGUCACCGUGGUAAUGAAUGCAGAGAUAAACAACGCCUCGUAUCUAAAAGUCAACCUCUAACCAAUAAAACGGAGCCUAAAUCGACUACAACGUGCUACAUCUGCAAUGACCUUGGACACGUGGCCACCGCUUGUCCUAUGCGUUGGAAGAAGAAAGAAGAUGUCGCAGCCAGCACCAGCGGCGUUGGCAGCAGACAAGUGAACUUGUGUUCCAGGACGGCGCGAGGUGUGUUACAGAUAAGUGGUUUUCAAUUACCUUUUUUGUUUGAUUCAGGUGCAGAAUGUAGUCUUGCGAAAAAAAGUAUUAGCCAUCUUCUUAAGGGUGAAAAGUUUCAUGAAUCAUUUGUUUUUAACAGUGUAGGUCCUAAUAAUUUUAUUUGUUCGUUACAAAUCAAAUGCCCGACUGUUGUAGGCGAUACUAAAUUAGAUGUUACUUAUCAUGUUCUGCCAGACGAAUACUUAAACGAGGAUUUGUUGUUAGGUCGUGACAUUCUGAAGGGGGGAGUUUCGGUUGAAAUUACAGAGGAUAGUUUAACCAUUUCGAAGUCCAAAAAUAUAAACGCUUGUUCUAAAUCCGAAUCUUUUGACGCGGCAUCGAUUGAUACAGACCUUACAGGUGAAGAGAAAGAGCAGUUAAUAAAUAUACUAACCAAGUAUUCUUCAAAUUUCAUCCAAAAUUUUCCCUCUUCUCGUGUUACGACAGGGGAACUUAAAAUUGAUUUACUAGAUCCCAACAAAACGGUGCACAGACGACCAUAUAGAUUAUCCUCAACUGAAUCUCAGAUCGUAAAUAACAAAGUCCAAGAAUUGUUAGAUGCAGGCAUUAUUCGCGAGAGUUCUUCACCAUACGCUAGCCCAAUUUUAUUAGUAAAAAAAAAAGGAUGGCUCAGAACGCUUAGUUGUUGAUUACAGGGAACUCAAUAGUAACACUCGUUCAGAUAGCUACCCCUUACCAAUAAUUAGUGACCAAAUAGACAAAUUGAAUGGAGCUCAUUAUUUUUCGACCAUAGAUAUGGCAUCUGGUUUUCAUCAGAUCAAAGUGCAUCAAGAUUCUAUAGACAAAAUUUCAUUUGUGACACCCUCUGGGCAGUAUUCGUGGUUAGCUAUGCCGUUCGGGCUCAAAAAUGCGCCUCAAGUUUUCCAGAGAGCUAUAAAUACGGCCCUAAAGCCUCUUAAUGAUGACAACAUUUUGGUUUAUAUGGAUGAUGUCCUUGCCGCUUCGAAAACUGUUCAAGAGGGAUUAACUCGCCUUGAUAAAAUGCUUGAUACUUUAUCUAAAGCUGGGUUUUCUUUUAACUUUAAAAAAUGUUCAUUCAUGAAAAAGAAAAUAGACUAUCUCGGUUUUGUCGUAUCAGCUGGAGAAGUUAGGCCAAACCCUCGGAAAAUUGAAGCUCUUAAAAAUGUUCGCCCCCCGAAAACCGCUACGCAAGUUAGACAGUUUAUUGGGUUAGCUACGUACUUUCGCCGUUUUAUUCCCAACUUCUCAAAAAUCAUGAAACCUCUAUACCCUCUCACGGCCAUCAACAAAGGGAAAAUAAGGUGGACCGAAGAAUACGAUAAAAUUCACAAAGAAAUUGUUAAUUAUUUAAUAAACGAACCUGUUUUAAAGAUUUUUGAUCCCCUGUUGCCUAUUGAGCUACAUACUGACGCUAGUAGUGACGGAUAUGGUGCUAUUCUUAUUCAAAAGGAUAAUAAUGUUCCCCAUGUGGUAGCCUAUUACAGUCAAAAAACUACUGACGCAGAAAGUCGCUACCACUCUUACGAGUUAGAAACCUUAGCGGUCGUCAAAUCGAUUGAGCACUUUAGGCAUUACCUAUAUGGUCGUAAGUUCACAGUCUUCACAGAUUGCAAUGCACUAAAGUCCUCACAUACAAAAAAGGAUUUAACUCCAAGAGUUCACAGGUGGUGGGCUGUAUUGCAAUCGUACGAUUUUGACAUAGUUUAUAAAGAGGGAAAAACUAUGGCCCACGCAGACUUUCUUUCUCGCAACCCUGUUGAAAACUGUGAAUUAAAAUCUUGUCUUACAAAAUCAAAUCGAGUGAAAAUUGUGAACUUAUCUGAAUUAGAAACUGGCUGGUUAUCUGUUGAGCAAUUACGAGACUCUGAAAUAUCUGACAUUAUGUCUAAAUUACGAGCGAACGAACUUCCCUCUGAUGUUACCCAUACCUAUGAUAUCAGGCAGGGUAUCCUAUUCCGAAAAAUUGAGCGAGGGAAAAUUACAAAAUGGCUACCAAUUCUGCCACGUUCAUUGAUUUGGUCUGUCAUUAAUCUGGUCCAUAAUGAAAUAAAACAUCUUGGCUUUGAAAAAACCCUUGACAAGUUAUAUGAUCUCUAUUGGUUCCAAAACAUGUCUAAAUUCGUGAAAAAAUUUGUUGAGUCUUGUGUGGUUUGUAAAGCCUCCAAGGGUUCCUCAGGAGCUCAACAAGUUCGUUUACACCCAAUCCCAAAAUUAGCUAUACCUUGGCACACAAUCCAUCUUGACUUAACUGGUAAACGUAGCGGGAAAAGCGAGCGUAAGGAGUAUUGCUCAGUCAUCAUAGACGCUUUUACCAAGUA